AUGCGUUAUGCGGACUUUGAUUGUUUGAUUUUUCCUUUGAACCGAGGUGUUCCAAUGCCAGAAUUUCGAACAUCUUUUUGUUUAACACAUGAUCCUGACCAUAUAACUGCUUUAAAUCACCAGAAAAAAACUUUAAAUUCUCAUGGAAGUGGUAAUACGUCAAUGAUUGAACCAAAUAUUAAUAUAUUUGACACUUAUACGACUUUAACACUUCCAACAGUGACAACGUAUAUUUCUUCUCUUCCACCAACUGAUCCAAUCAAAAUAUCUUUGCAUUCAUGGACGCUUCCACAUAUAUCUAGAGCAAUGGCGUCAAUGCCACCAAAGCCUGAGGAAAAUGUAGCAUAUAUACCUAUGUUUGAAGCUCGUGUCUAUGUUGAUGGAAUACCUAUUACAUAUCAGUUGAUGUUGCCGCAUUCAAAGUGGCCUGUUGUCAUUGACAGUUAUAAUGAUCAUAACAAUACAUCUCAAAGAUUUUAUUUUCCAAAUCAUAAACUAGAAAAUAUUUCAAGUCUUACAAGCUAUGCUGUACCGCCUGACUUUUCUUCUAUAAAAUUAAUUUUGUCUGAAGGAUGGCUGCAGACUCGUGAAAACAUGCGUCCGUUGUUUAAACGUGUUCGUAAUAUUGUUUGUUUUAUGUUUCAAUAUGCAGAACCUGAACUAUUAGAGGCAUCAGGUAUUUCAUAUCCUUCGUUUCGUCCUGUCAACAGUUAUAUGCUUUCUUGCUUUUCAGCCAAUUCUUAUGUGGGCUUUCAACCAAAUGAUAUCCCUCUUCCGCUUUCCAACGACAAUUCUCCACAUAGUUCUCUUUCUGAUACAAAUAUUCAGAUGACAAAUACUUUAGAUGACCGAAUUGAAGAAGUUGUUCAGCUAAAUACCUUAUCUACAUCAUUUGAUCUUAACAAGUCUCAAUUUACUAUGCCGCUAAAUACACAAGGAUUUCCUGAAUCAUUUCAAGAGUCUUCGUUACCAAUAAUUCAAGUUGAUUCUAGCUCAUCUUAUAAUCUUUAUCCAUCAUUCAUUCAUCCUCAAAAAGAUACAUUAUUAGAUACGGAGCCAGAAACUAAUAAAGAGAAUGUUUCUUCUCUACGGAGGUCUCCACGUAAAACUUUUGCUCCUCGUGAUUCAGCAAUUACAAAAAGUCCAAGUAAAUCAAAAAAAGAUUCUAAAACAAAACGCACAGAAUUUCUCAAAGAAAUACAAGUUCAAGAUAUGAUUUCCAAUUAA